AGCCCAUAAUCACCCAAUUGGCGCAGGAGAGCUAAUUAUAUCAUUACAACUUUGCGAUUAUUUAGAAAUCACUGUGGACCCCAGCCACGUGUUUGGAUUGGUACCCGUGUGUGUCGUCAACCUAUAUAAGCGAGUUGAACAGCGAGUGCUUCCAUUUUCAAGACGGUCUACGAUACCCGUGCCCGAAGCAAGUUGUGAGGAAACACGGGGAAUCACCUAUAGUAUAGCAGAGCUCUCACAUACAACGUGUUGAGACUGUUAAAGCAGAGCAGGACAUUUCUUGUGAGACGGCUUUCGGAAGUCUACAGGAGACGAUGGAGAGCAGCUGGACAUCCGGACCUUUGCGUGUUCUGAUCUUCAGCUUGGUGUUAUUAGCCACGCGAGAACCGUGGGUUCAAGCUGGACACUGCUGGACGACAAUGUCAAAGAACGGGAAGUGCCAAGGCCUGAUCAAGGCGUUCGUGUCUAAGGAAGAGUGCUGCAGAUCUGGAGGAGUCAGCAUUGCCUACACGGAGGACGACGUCGACCUGGGAACGCUCUUCAAAUGGCGAGCGUUCGGUGAUGGCGCGCCCGGCUGCGAGCCUUGCCGAGGUGAGUUUGAAGAGGAGUCAUGUGAUGACGUUCAGUGCGGACCAGACAAGCGCUGUAAGAUGAACAGAAGAAACAAGCCCCGGUGUGUGUGCUCCCCUGACUGUUCGGACCCACCCACACGGGGAGCUGUUUGCGGCACGGACCGCAAGACGUACAAAACAUACUGCAGCCUCCUGAGAGCCAAGUGCAGACUGUCUCAACCGAACCUACAAGUCUCCUACCACGGCAUUUGCAAAACCUCAUGCGGCGACGUGACGUGUCCACCGGGGAACCGUUGUAUUAUGGACCAGAACGAAACGCCCCACUGUGUAUCCUGUGAGUUCCACUGCCUUGCAACUCCGUCACUCGCGGAGGCUGUGUGUGGAGUUGACGGCGUAACGUACCCGAGUGAGUGCCACCUUCGAGAAGCAACCUGCCUAGCCGGCCACACCAUAGGCGUUGCCUACAAGGGGCUAUGCAGAGGGUCGAUGACCUGCGAUGGGCUGGCAUGCGGGAGAGGGAAACGGUGUCUCGUGGACAAGAACAACAACCCGCGAUGCGUGACAUGUGGGAUGGACUGCUCACGCCACAAAGCAUCUCCUUCAGACCCGAUCUGCGGGUCGGAUGGAGUGACGUAUGCCGACUGGUGUGACAUGAGAGAGACGUCGUGCAGAACAGGCUUCAUCAUCGAGACAAAGCACAUCGGGCGAUGCAUGGGAGAUAGAAUGCCAAUGAUGACGGAUACCUAUCUCUUUGAGGGCUCCAUGUCGGGCGAAGCGGGAAGUUCUUCAGCUAGUUUCACCGACGGGGAAGACGAAGAAAGUCGGUGAAAUGGCUUUGAAUUGUAGCGUCCUUCCAUUUCAAAAUUCAAGUAAAAGACAUUAAUAUAUGCACUGUGCACACCAUCAUUCCAGUACUCCCAUGAAUAUUUUUUCUUGCCCUCAAUGUAGUCAUUCAACAGCGUUGCGGUUACUCGCAGUUGACGACAGCGUUAUCUUUAUUUUGUUACUGUGUGCAUGGUAAAUGUAGGGCCAGUUUUCUCUAUUAUUUUUUAAAUAUUGAAAUGCAAAGGAAAAUAUUGUUACAAGUACUGUAUUGUAUAUUUCUACUAUUUAUGUGUAAUGUGAGUGUAUGCUCAGGUAUUGUGAAUUUGCACAAUCUUCCUUAUAAAGACAAGUAAGUUUCUUGUCAUAUGAGUGGUGUAAGUAUUAAAGAGAUGAUUCUGUAAAAAUGUGAACUAUGUGCGGAUGUCCGUGUAUAUUUUCUUAUUUCUUUGAAACAGUAUAUUUCGAAUACUCUGUUUUUUUGUGGCUGAUGCAUGUGUUGAUGUAUGUAUAUGUUGGCCUCCAAGACGGAGACCUCUUGUCUGUCAUGAGCGACAGAGUCGUCUGGAGGAACUUUAUAGUGUCACCUGAUAUGGGGAUGAACUGAACUGACUGUAUGUGCUUAAGUAGGAGACCACAUUAACGCCUCCAGUCAAUAUGCUAACUGAUGGAAAAACAUGCAAAUGUAACGCAGUGAUACAAAGUGAACACGUGAAUAUAUAUCACCGCCUUCGUGAAAACAAUACAACAUUACAUCUGUGAACAUCGGUAAACAGUAUAUUACAGCAAUUCCAUGGAGGUUAAUUAUAAGAUCGAACAGGCUAUGCAUUAAAGACUAUAUAUGGCCUCCUUCGGUCAAUAUUGACCAUGGUAAAAUUACAGACUAAGUAAUAUAUAAACAUGGAUUACAGCUAUAGGACUUGUAGUAGCUUGGAUGUGCAUUUGAAAGAACGUUGUGAUAAUCAAAGUACCUACGUACAUCUACCGAGUUAUUUCAACGUCAACAUGUACCACGCACAUCACGUAGCGUAUGUGGUCGUAUUAAAAAGAAUUGUUGCAGAAACUA